GCGCCUCCAGCGCAGAGCUGCUGCUUUGCUGCUGCGGGAGCCGCGACCAGAGGGGCGCAUGGGCCCAGCCCCUCACGUGCCAGAGGCCGAGGAGAGGAGCCAAGGGCGCGGUGGGGUCCAAAUCGGGGCUCCUGCCUCACCUCUGGGAUAGACACGGGACCCCCUAACUUCUGUUGCCUCUCCCGAGACGCGCACCCGCAGGGUCGUGCGCUCUAGCCCGGCACACUCGCGCGCGGCACCAGCGCGCCCGGCGCCAGGUCUGGCCAGAGGCGAUGCGUGCAGGGGGCCGGGCAGCCGGGUUCGGGCGGCCGGAGUAGGGCCCCGCGGGGAGGCAGGGAGGCGGCGGGGUUAGAGCCCCGGCUGCGCGGCGGGCAGAGGCCCCUUCGCUCCACGCCACACCUGCCGCCGCCGCCGCGCCGCGAUGAGCCGCGUGGUCUCGCUGUUGCUGGGCGCCGCACUGCUCUGCGGCCACGGCGCCUUCUGCCGCCGGGUGGUCAGCGGCCAAAAGGUAUGUUUUGCUGAUUUCAAACAUCCCUGCUACAAGAUGGCCUACUUCCACGAGCUAUCCAGCCGAGUGAGCUUUCAGGAGGCGCGCCUGGCUUGCGAGAGCGAAGGGGGAGUCCUUCUCAGCCUUGAGAAUGAAGCAGAACAGAAGUUAAUAGAAAGCAUGUUGCAAAACCUGACAAAGCCAGGAACCGGGAUUUCUGAUGGUGAUUUCUGGAUAGGGCUUUGGAGAAAUGGAGAGGGGCAAACAUCUGGUGCCUGCCCAGAUCUCUACCAGUGGUCCGAUGGAAGCAGUUCCCAGUACCGAAACUGGUAUACUGAUGAGCCUUCCUGUGGAAGUGAAAAGUGUGUUGUGAUGUAUCAUCAGCCAACAGCCAAUCCUGGCCUUGGGGGUCCCUACCUUUACCAGUGGAAUGACGACAGGUGCAACAUGAAGCACAAUUACAUCUGCAAGUAUGAACCAGAGAUUAAUCCAACAGCUCCGGUAGAAAAGACUUAUUUUACAAAUCAACCUGGAGACACUCAUGAAAACGUGGUUGUUACUGAGGCAGGACUAAUUCCCAAUCUAAUCUAUGUUGUUAUACCAACGAUCCCAUUGCUCUUACUGAUACUGGUUGCUUUCGGAACCUGCUGUUUCCAGAUGCUGCAUAAAAGUAAAGGAAGAACAAAAACUAGCCCACACCAGUCCACACUGUGGAUUUCAAAAAGCACCAGGAAAGAAAGUGGCAUGGAAGUAUAAUAAUUCAUUGACUUGGCUCCAGAAAAGAAAAUAGAGUUUUGUAAUUCUGGAUCUGUAUAAGGAAUGGCAUCAGAACCUUAGCUUGGAAUGGCUUGAAAUCUCAAAGGAUGUCCAAAAUGAACUGUAAGCUCCCCCUUGAGGCAAAUAUUAAAAUAAUUUUUAUAUGUUUAUUAUUUCAUUUAUAAAAUAACGCUGUGCUAAUAAUGGAGUGAGACAUGCUUAUUUUGCUAAAGGAUGCACCAAAACUUCAAGUAAAUGGGAUGGACCAUGCAGAUUAAAUUGCUAUGAACACAUCAGAGAAGUAUGUGCAUUGGAAGCAGUUAUUUUUGUCUCUUUCACCUUUCAUAAGUUGUAAUCUAGUUAAUGUAAUGUAAAUUGCAUUGAAAUUUACAGUGUGCAAAAUAUUUUUCCUUUACAUAAGUGUUAGAUAAAAAUGGACUGUUCUUGUAUUUAUUUUCACAGUGUUUAUUUUUCAAUACAUGCUGUUUUGAUUAAAGAAAUGUAUCACUGUUGUCAACUGAAUUCACACACACAUAAAUAUAUUACCAUAGAAAAAGUUCCUUUUCUAGAAAUGGCUCAUCUUCUUUUAGUUUCUCUGCUUUGGGUCAGAGUAUGUUUAGGAAAUCUCUUCAGAAAUAAGAAGUUAUUUCAUUAACCGUGGUAUAAAUCUAGUCAAAUAUUUUACUUGGAGGCAAGAAUUGUCUAAUUUCAGUUGUGCAAGACAUGUGCCUUACAAUUAUUUUGCAUUAAAAUUCAACAGAUUUUGUAAUAACUUUGUUAAUAGCUGUAUAAACAGUAAUAUACUCAAUCUAGAGCAACAAAAGUGGCAUACACGAUAUAAAUCAUAGAUCUUCACGUGUUGCCUAUGUAACCACAAGUAGCUCUCUGAGGGUUCUGGAAUCGAUUUGGCCCCUACCUUGCCAACAAAGCAAAGAUGGUUGUUUGGGGUCUGGGAUUGACCCUGGAGGCCGAUACCUACAGAGUUUGCCUAAGGUUUUUCCUAGCUCCGUUUAGCCUCUGUCAGCACAUAAGGUGGUUUUACAGUUGGGACUAGUUGAGUGGUCACCACUAGUGUGCAGUUAAGCACAGCACACUGACAUUUCCGCAAGGAAAGAAACUGAAUUAGUAUAAAAAUGGGUUGGAGGGCAUCAAUGAUCACAUGUUCAUUGUCCAUGUUUGGCUGAGAGAGUAAACUGGGGUGCCUCUGUCCUACCUUCUGGUUUCUUCAAUGCUGUGGCUCCUUCUUCUCUAGAGAGAGUUGUAACUAUCUGGUCUUCAAAUGUCUCUGUGCUCCUUUUAACCAAAUAAAAAGUUCUUGUUUCUGAAGA